CUGGCAUCAAUACACAUCCUCCCAUGGCAAGUCUUCAUGCAUGCAGUGGAUGACAUGAUUAUUAAGGCUGUUCUGCACAGGCCAUGUAAGUACUUUAGUGCUGCUUUUGAUGAGUUGAAAUGGGAUCAGUGUGACAGUUUAUUCAAGGGUUUGCUAUUACCUGGAAACUCAACAACCUCUGGCAGACAGUGCUGAUAUGGUCUUAAAGUUAACAGUCUGAUCAGCCGAGCACUUGCAGGGCACCUUAUGUACUGUGACUGGAUCAACAGCUUUUUCUUUUCUUUUCUUUUUUUUCAGGUGAGAUGUCCAAAAAUAGCAGCUGGGAUGUAAAUAAACUGCACUGCCAGUGUGAUGUUGGAAAGAUGAAUCAAUCCCUGUAAGGUGAAAAUAAAGACUCACUGUCACCAAUGUUUUAGGCUGUAUCUCUCGCUCCCCAGCUACCUAACAUUACAGGAUUGACAGAUUAUGAAAAGCUGAUGUAACUUGCCAUUCCGGUGAAGGUUUUGUUCUCAGGAUGAAUAACACGAUAAGCGGUUUAACAACCCGUUUGAGCGCAGAAGCACUCCUGGCCCGGGGAAUUAUUGAUUUUAUUUUUUUUUUGGGGGGGGGGACAUCUUUUCUGUAGGUAGGUCAACAUCUUUUGGGGCGAUGUAUCUCGGUAUGAUGCUCCAGUGAGCUGAUUCUUUGUGCAUGAAAUGACUUGACAUCCUCCCGACCACCGAGUGUGCGUGCGUGCGUGCGUGAGCGUCCACGGAGAGAGAGAGAGAGAGAGAGAAUAAGCAACUUUGUUACCAGGCAUAGCUGUGUCUCCUCCGGCACAGCGUGGUAAAAGAGAAGCAUUUGGCAGUUAUGUUUGAUCAGCGUUUCUUUCAUCCUCUCCGGUGCAUUAGAGACGACGAACGUGCACGCAUUGAAUAGAUCCUGUUUCCUAUUUCGUUUUGACGGAUUAAAAAUAAAAGAUGCGCUGAAAUACCUAACGAGCCUACAUCUUCAUCAAUGUGCGUGAGAUGACAUUGAGGAUAUCUUAGCAGGACUGUGAGCUCGGCCAUCAUUUGCAGGAAAAUGCAUCUUUGGAUUUUGUAUGUUUUGCUGAGUGCAACGUCAAUGUGCACUGUUGAGAUGUUUGGCAGUUAUGGAGAAAUAUGUCAAAGACUGUGUGCCUGUGAGGACAGAGAGGGGAUACUCACAGUGAGCUGUGAAAACAGAGGAAUUGUAAGUCUCUCACACAUAAGCCCAGUAUACUUCUCCCAGUAUCAUCUGCUGCUUACAGGGAAUCUUUUGAAAAAGCUAUCUGCCAAUGAUUUUGUUGAGUACAAAGGACUUAAAAUAUUACAUCUGGGAAAUAAUGACAUAUCUGAGGUUGAAGCAGGAGCUUUCAAUGGACUUCAGGGAUUAAAACGAUUACAUCUCAACAAUAACAAAAUUGAUGCCUUGAAGGAAGAGUUUUUCUUUGGCCUUGAAAGUCUGGAGUAUCUACAACUUGAUUAUAAUUAUAUCACUCAUGUGGCGCCAAAUGCCUUCAGCAGGCUUCAACAUCUGGAGGUCCUGAUACUAAAUGACAACUUAAUAUCUACUCUGCCCAUGAACAUUUUCCAGUAUGUACCAUUGACUCAUUUGGACUUAAGGGGGAAUCAGCUCAAAGUGCUUCCGUACUCAGGUCUGCUGGAGCACAUGAACAGUGUUGUGGAGUUACAGCUGGAGGAGAAUCCGUGGAACUGUUCCUGUGAGUUGAUUGCUCUUAAAACCUGGCUCGAGAGCAUAUCAUACACAGCUUUAGUCGGCGAUGUUGUUUGUGAGUUCCCUUUUCGGCUUCAUGGGAGAGAUCUUGAUGAGGUUUCAAAACAAGAGUUGUGCCCGAGGAGAGCCAUCGCUGAAUACGAAAUGCCACCCCAGCCGCAUUUGAGCACCGAUGCAUACUACAGGACCACGCCAGCUCUAGUCACAGACUCCUUCACCUCAUCUGGGAUUGCACGGUCCUCAUCAAGACCCACUAAGGGACCUCGCCAGUCAGGCAAAUUAAAAUCAAGACCCACUGCUCGCAUCCCAUCUAAUAAACCACAAAAUUAUGGCCAAAUUAUUUCAUAUCAGACCAAAUCCCCCGUGCCUUUAGAUUGCCCAACUGCCUGUACCUGCAAUCUUCAGAUUUCAGACCUUGGCCUGAAUGUGAACUGCCAGGAGCGAAAGAUUGAGCAUAUCUCUGACUUAAAUCCCAAACCUUACAAUCCCAAAAAGAUGUAUCUAACAGGGAAUUACAUCCCUGUGGUGCGUCAAUCAGAUUUUAUUGAGGCGACAGGAUUAGAUUUGCUUCAUCUUGGUAACAAUCGAAUAGCUCGCAUUCAUGACAGAGCUUUUGCCGAUUUGACACAUUUAAGAAGACUAUACCUUAAUGGGAAUUUGAUUGACCAUCUUACAUCUGAUAUGUUUUAUGGAUUGGAGAGCCUACAGUUCUUAUAUUUAGAAUACAAUGUAAUCAAAGAGGUUGCUUCUGACACCUUUCUGCAUGUACCCAGACUUCAGCUUCUUUUUCUGAACAAUAACCUCUUGAAAACUUUACCAGUCGGAACAUUUAAUGGCCUGACAUUAGCCAGACUAAAUCUUCGCAACAACCAUCUGCGAUAUCUGCCAGUCAGUGGUGUGCUAGAUCAGCUUACAGCACUGGUGCAAGUCGAUUUGUUCGAGAAUCCCUGGGAUUGCUCUUGUAGCAUACUGGAGUUGAAGAUGUGGCUGGAGCAGCUUAGCACAGGCACAGUUGUAAACAAUGUCAUCUGUGGCUCGCCUAAGAGGCUAGCUGGGGAGGAUAUGAGAUACAUUAAGACAGCUAAUUUCUGCCCUAAUAACUCUGAUAUACUUGCCUCCAUGAUCCCACCCUCUGAAGAAUCUUUUCCUGGCAGCACUAUCACCAUAGAAACAUCCUUGGACUCUGACACACAAUACAGCACCAUUCCUUUAUCUGUGAUGAUUCUUGCCCUUCUCCUCAUGUUUAUUAUGUCUGUGUUUGUGGCUGCAGGAUUGUUUGUGGCAAUGAAAAAGAGACGUCAAAAGAGUCAAAACGAGCAGAAUAGCUCCAUGAAUGCUUGCAUUAGCUCUCUCAACAUGGAAUAUGGCCUUUACAAAAAGGGAUCCAUUCCCAAAGUCAGAACAUCUGCAGGACAUGUAUAUGAGUAUAUCCCACCUCCCACAGAAUCCACAUGCAGAACUACUGCCCACACCCCGAUGGACAGCAAAUCAGUGGAUGGAUUUAGAGACUUUGAUGAGCUGAGCAGUGCUUUUCUGGGUAACUCAGAUGAAGAGGCAGCCAGUAAUGUAAUAAACUCAGAAUACAGUGCCACUACUCCAGAGGCUCUUAACAAGCCCUCCACUCCUCACCAAGAUGAUCUGUGUUACUACAAAGAUGUACUUGAGCCUGACAAACACACACGCUACAGCAAUACGUUACCAUGCAAGCAUACAGCGCAUUCAUCGAGUCAGUAUACCUCAGACUUUGAUGCAAGGCAUCAAUAUGUGCACCCAGAGAGAAUACAACAGACAAUACUCUAUUGUACAGCACCAAGUACUGUUUAUGUGGAGCCCAACAGGAGUGAGUACUGGGAACUGAAAGCAAAGCUUCAUAUUGAUCCCGAUUACCUUGAGGUUCUUGAAAAACGAACAACAUUUACACAGUUUUAAGAGACUUGGCCCCUGGACGGUCAGAGUAGAUGCAUUGAUGCAAUGUAUCCAUUUUAAUCAGGAAUCAGACCAUGUUUAAAAAGCAGGCAUAACUAUUUUAUCACCUUUAUUAGUACAAUGUAUUGUGAGUUACAGUAUGCUUUUCUGGGAAUCAUGCUUUAUAGGACUGAAUGAUAAAGGGGAACACUACUCAUUUUAAAGUAUCACUUAACCCUUUAUCCCUGUGGUGUUUAACAGUUUGGUUUAAAUGUGUAAAUAUGAACGAGUAACUAGAGAUUCAGGGCUCUUAUGACUCAUCCCAUCAUAAAAUACAUCCUAGAGCUGUUUCAUUGACAAUAAUGUGAGACUGAGCUUUUACUCUCAUAUUAGCUGCAUUUCAUGAGUGUUAAUGAACCGUGCAGAUGAUAUGUCCUUAUCCCAAAAUAAACCAGGUUUUUGUUACAGUUAUAUGUAUGGCUCCCAGUUCUGUCUUUUCAAAUGUACCUAAAACCUAACUCAUGCAUGAGACAAAGUCAAAUUUAUUCUGCAAGUAAAUUUAUCUGUGACCAUGAAUUUGACCUGCGUGUAGGUGUUGAAAAAAGUCACAUAGGCUUCACAUCUGUUAGGAAAAAUGGAGUCAGACACAUUUAGUGAGGUAGUUUGUACUCCAGCAUGCACAGUUCUGGGAUGAUAAUAUUAAAUGCAUGAGAUCAUAAAACAAAUUCCAAUGUAAUAACUCAAAUCACAGAUUAUGAGGCCAGUAAAUCUCUGCUCCCUUGUUUGCAGAUUUGGGAGAGAAUAAUUAAUGAAUCCUAAAAAUAUACUGAACUGACCUACUGCAUAUGGUGUUCCUUCAGAGGCUCCCCUCCCCGAAAACAACUGCACUUGUGGAUUAUGGACACAUGCUGCACUUGUUUUGAGUUAAAUAUAAAUGUAUUGUAACUGUAUUCAGAAAUGUUGUAACUAAGAGAUUAUAAUCACAACUGUAUUCAGAUGUAUUAUAACUGAAAGAAAAGCUUUAAUUGCAGGUCUAUAGCAUAUGUCAGAAAUAUGUACAAGUAUAUUUUCUGGCAUUUUACACGAACAUACAGCUUGAAAACACACUUGUUGAAAUUGAUGAAUAGUAACAAGUGUCUUUAUUUAGUUGUACCAGAACCAAAGCACUUCACAAAAAAUCAGCUCAUAAUAUAUGCAAAGUUUGACACUCAGAGGGGUACAUCAAAGCACAAUCCUGUGUUUUAUUGUACCCUUACAACCUUUUUUUCUUUAUUAUAUGUCUGAAUAUUCUUCCAGUUGCAAUACAUUUGAGUUCUGUUUGAAAUUCAGCUGAAAAUCUUUCAAAUCUGUUGGCCUCUGGCCCAUAUAAAACAUGUUUUAAAUGACUAUUUUUAUACAAACAAAUCUUUCUUUUCUUUCUUUUUGUCUUUUACAAAAAUGCACUAUUGACUUCUCCAGGUCAGCAAUGAUGUCACUUUCUGAUAUGCACAACAUGGUAACACGUGCAUAUAGCCAUAGAAGUAGGUUUGAUAACUGCAUACGUAAAAGUAACACCAUAAAAAAUCUUGCACUAUGCAGAUAUAGAGUAUACUUAGACAAUCUGUACUACAUACCAACAGCCCAUCCCUUCAGUCACCAACCAACACUCACAAACAUGAUAUUUAAUAAUAUCAUCACAUCCCAUAAAUGCUUAUUAGAAAGUUAACACACAUGAAUAUUCAGAGGUACUUUGGUACCACAUUUUGGAUAAUUACAUUUUUUUAAGAUUUCAUAUAUUUUUAAUUAUGUGUUUUUAGGGGAAUACAAAGUGGAUUUGUGUGUAUUGCAUUAUAAUGAAAAACACUGUCUCGUUAUUUGGCAGUGUUUGUUUAAUUUGUUUGGUGCUAGGUUGUAUGAAAUCUGUCAGUUUGACUGCUAUUAGCAGUCUCUGUUUCUGUCUUUAAGGAGGGAUUGAUUGGUAGUGUAACAAAUGUGUAAAGGUCUGCAAGAGCUUUAGCUAUUAGAUUGUAAAGCACAACAAAUGAAUGCAGUAGUUGAAUGGAUACAGCCGUCUUUAUGCAUAAAAAUGUUCUAUGCGCUGAGGCAAACAAGGAACAUCAUCCAGUUGUAAUGCAGUCUAACCAAUUUCUGGGUCAAUAGUGUAAGCCCAGAAACCUGACUUUCCCUGAGAGUUUAAUAUACAGAGUAAUUUCACAUCAUAUGCAGUAUUAUGCACUGAACCUGUCAUCUUAACUCAGCUAAUUAGAGGAUAUGUUGGUACCGGACCUUGUCUGCAUGUCACCACAUGUUACACUGCAGCAUUAGUCAUGCUGUUUAUCAAGUGUACAGUCUUGGUUUGUUGCCUUUCACAUGUUCAAAGUCAUUUGGUGAUUAUUUUGUCACUUGACCUGUUUUUGCUGUUUGGAAAUUCAUCAGAACAAAUGAGAUGAAAUCUACACAGUGAAGCAUGAUGUAAAUCUGCACAGGUUUGUACUUUGUUACAUGUAGGUUUUUUUUAUCAAUAUAUUGCUGUGAAGUUAGUGGUGAAAACACUGUAAACAUGCAAACAUGCACAGACAGAUACACACAAAAUGUUUUUAUUGUGAACAGUGGCCGACAUCUAGUUAACUGUUUCAGAUCUCAAAUAAAUAACUCUUAUUUUAAAUGUGUGGUAAAUGCUGUACAGCCAAACUAAUGCAACAGAUGAGAAAAUAGCACAUCACAAAAAGGCAAAUAAUUUAGUUUGCCUUUUUGGAGGGAAGUCCUACACUUUUAACAUUUUACUUGUCAUGGCGUGUCUUUCAAUGUGUACGAAUCUUGCAAAGGCAAGUGUGUAAUGUAACGCAGCAUUUACUGUAUAUAACCAGGGGAAAAAUGUUUUUCUCUUUCAGCUUUUUAUAAUCAAUGACCAAAUUCAGAUUUUUGUCACAUGAGAGACUACAAAUACAUCCAAAAAUCAUUCAAAAAUAUGUUAAAUUGAAAUGUGACUGUCCUGUGUAUAUGUGCAAAUGUUUAAUUUGCAAAGAAGAGGUCCAGUCAGUGUCUUAUUCUUAUUCUAAUUAUUAUGUUUGCUUUUGUUUUUGUUUUGUUUUCAUAUGAAACAGUGAUUUUCUAUGUCAACCUCAGAUUUGUAAAUAGAACACUUCAUCAGCAUUUCCAUGCAAGCUUGCAUCAGCUCUGAAAAGCAAAAACCUGGUCUCUUUUAGCAAACAUGCAGUACAACUAGGAAUAUGUGGGGUAAAUAUAUCUACAAUGUGCUGUUUCUUUAGUUGUUAGCUGAUGAAUAAAAGAUAUGCAUUCAUUUGGUA